AUGGACUUGGCUUCAGAAAUCACUUCUGCAACACAAACCAGCAGCCUGUGCAGCUCUGGGCGGGGGCCUGCCGGCUACCCAGCUCCCGGCAUUGUUGCACGUGGCUUUGAAAUGCACGGCACAGCUCGUGUGGCCCAGGGGCACCUCCUGCCACCCUGCCUGCUGCCUCCACCCCAGAUGCCGGUCCUCGCUGCUCUCUGGGACCUCUCCCGGCGUGGCUCCACCUCCUCCUCGAGGUCACCGUCCAGGCCUGUUUCAACUACAGCCUCCAAGCCUUGCUUACCUGCCUCCUGUUUGGGUGAAACUUGGAGCAUCUCUAUUAACUUAGUUGGUAGCUCCGGUCACCUGCAGUCACCAGGGACCCAGAGGGACGCACAGAGGGAGACCGGCUGCCUGGGUCCCUCCUGGCUGCCUCGCCAUCAGGGGCGGGAUGAGGAGCUCAGCAUCAGCCACAGUGCGCAAGGUGAAGAGUUUUGAUCCCUCGCACAUCCUCGAGCCAGGCAGGGCGCCCGGCUUCUA